AUGGGGAACUGUUGCUCUAGAGGCACUGAGGCCCCAGAGGAGAAUUCUAAUGCUAAUGCCAAUGCCAAUGGUGGAGGAGAGGCACAAUCAAGGCCGGCCGCGCCUGCUAAGCCGACCAAACAAGGGCCGGUUGGUCCUGUCCUAGGAAGGCCAAUGGAAGAUGUUAAAUCAAUAUAUAGCAUGGGCAAGGAGCUAGGUAGAGGACAAUUUGGUGUGACACAUUUGUGCACUCAUAAGGUCACAGGGAAGCAAUAUGCUUGCAAGACCAUAGCCAAGAGGAAGCUGUCUAACAAGGAGGAUAUCGAGGAUGUUCGCCGAGAGGUUCAGAUCAUGCACCAUCUCACAGGGCAGCCUAACAUUGUGGAGCUCAUUGGUGCCUAUGAGGACAAACAGUCUGUUCACCUUGUCAUGGAGUUGUGCGCCGGAGGCGAGCUCUUUGAUCGGAUCAUUGCUAAGGGGCAUUAUACUGAGCGUGCCGCGGCUUCCUUGUUGAGAACCAUUGUCCAAAUUGUCCAUACUUGCCAUUCAAUGGGAGUUAUUCAUAGAGAUCUUAAGCCUGAGAAUUUCCUUUUGUUGAAUAAGGAUGAGAAUGCCCCCCUUAAGGCCACAGAUUUUGGUCUCUCAGUUUUCUACAAGCAAGGAGAGGUAUUUAAAGACAUUGUUGGUAGUGCAUAUUACAUUGCACCAGAGGUUUUGAAGAGGAAAUAUGGGCCAGAAGUUGAUAUAUGGAGUGUUGGUGUAAUGUUAUACAUUCUUCUAUGUGGUGUUCCUCCAUUUUGGGCAGAAUCUGAAAAUGGGAUAUUCAAUGCCAUUCUAAGAGGCCACCUUGACUUUUCAAGUGAUCCAUGGCCCUCAAUUUCACCAGCAGCAAAAGAUCUUGUAAGAAAAAUGUUGAAUUCUGAUCCCAAACAAAGGAUAACAGCCUACCAAGUUCUCAACCAUCCAUGGAUCAAGGAGGAUGGAGAAGCACCGGAUAAACCACUCGACAACGCUGUCCUGAAUAGGCUCAAACAAUUCAGAGCAAUGAACCAAUUCAAGAAAGUUGCUCUAAGGGUUAUUGCUGGUUGCUUAUCAGAGGAAGAAAUCAUGGGACUGAAGCAGAUGUUCAAGGGGAUGGACACCGACAACAGUGGAACCAUUACAAUUGAAGAACUCAAGCAAGGAAUGGCAAAACAAGGGACUAAGUUGUCAGAACAAGAACUUCAGCAAUUAAUGGAAGCUGCAGAUGCAGAUGGUAAUGGACUAAUAGAUUACGACGAGUUCAUCGCGGCAACAAUGCACAUGAACAGAAUGAACAGAGAAGAACACCUUUAUACAGCAUUCCAAUACUUUGACAAAGAUAACAGCGGGUACAUCACUGUUGAAGAACUAGAACAAGCUCUUAAAGAGUUUAACAUGCAUGACGGAAGAGACAUCUCGGAAAUCAUCCAAGAAGUUGAUUCUGAUAAUGACGGCCGCAUUAACUAUGAUGAGUUUGCAGCAAUGAUGAGUAAGGGACACCCAGAAGCCAUAAUGACCCGGAAAAGGUGUUCGGUAUCUUCGCUGUACUAG